AUGUCGUGGCCAGGAUACAGCUUCAACAUCCCAGAAACAUCCUACUCGUGGUCUGAAAAUGACAGAAACUGGGAGGCCAGGCCUACCACACAACCCCAGGCCUUCCCCAUGUAUUCCUAUCCAAACCUUUCAGUCACUGCACCUUUCCUGCCAUCUGCAAGCCCCUCACACAACUUCGACCCACGACUCCCUCCGACACCGGGCUCCUUUGAGCCGAUGUUGUCACCUACUCCAUCGUCCGUUUCUUCGGGAUGCUAUCUGGACCCGAGCCCUGUGAAAGGUUAUAUCGGGCAAAGACAUCUUGCACCUACAUCCGGCACCAUCGUCUCCUCUACGAGUCAUUACGACCCAAGAUGUACCAGUCCGUGGACCGACCCAACGACUUCACCGAUUCCUUCCUCGGACUUUCUCAACACGACACCCACCAAGAGGACCUUUGGGGAGGAAGAGCCUCACUCUGUCUUCGAAUCGGACAUGGGCGCGGCACUCACCCCGGCCAGCCUUUGCGACCCCAGUCCUAGUCCUCGGGCUUGUCCUACACCUUCGUCUGGUCUCGACCAACAAGCUGCUCACGCCGACGGGGCUAGCAAAUUACCUCCGCGGUCCAAACGACCCUGCCGAUCUCGUCCUGGGUCAAGAAAAAAGAUUGAGAACAAAGACUACGGAACCUACCAAUGCAACUUCGAAGGCUGCACCUACGACCGGCUGUUCUCUCGCAAAGGGGUGUUGAAGCGACACAUCCAGACUCAACAUCUCAACCCUGGAGGCUUCAAAUGCCCUCAAUGUGACCACGCUUCGAGUCGGAAGGAGAACAUGAAGGCGCAUAGGCAGGCAGUGCACAAGGAGCGGUUCUUGUAA